CAUUAUGCGUCUUAUACCAGUCUACGUAAACAGCAAAAUUUAAUAUGGAAUCACCGACUAGUGCCCCGAUCUAUAGGAUAAAUGGCACAGAGUAUCAUCUUCAAACCAUCAUUGGUAUGGGAGCUUUUGGUAAAGUGUACGUGGCCGAACAGAAAACAAUUAGCGAUCCAGUCUCAUCCAGCGAGAAUCUGGUAGCGAUAAAAGUUUUGUCCUUUAAAGUGGAUGAACCCUCUGGAGGUGCAGACCUUGUAUCUGGUACUGAGCAGUUACGAGAAAAAUUGUCUAAGAAAUGGAAUACAAUUUUUCCGCUACGCCAUGUCAAUGUCGUGCGCUAUAUUGAUGGGGAUCUUCUGGAAACCGGAAUCUUGCAAAAGCUGGACGCUGUUAUCGUCUUAGAAUACUGUGAACUGGGAACUCUGGGACGGUAUGUUGCCAGUAUGGAAACUCAAGUUCCACCGACGUAUUUGUCGGCCGCCGCCGUAAAAUACUGUGCCAGCGACAUUCUUAACGGUUUGUCAUUUCUCCAUGCUGCCCGAAUCAUUCACACCGACAUCAAACCGGACAACAUUCUUCUGUCAAGAGCCGUAUCGCACCGGAUUACAGCGAAAAUCUCCGACAUCGACGACCAUGUUCGCAUCUACGGGAGCGUUACGAAGACGAAGGAUAUGACUCACUUUCAGGGAACAGUGCAGUUCAUGUCGCCGGAAAUGUUAAACCAACGCGAUCUAAAUGAGCUGAAGGACAUUGGGCGAAAGACCGACAUCUGGAGUUUUGGUUGUGUAAUGAUUCGGCUCGUUAAGCAUGACCAGCCGUUUGUGCUGGCCAAUGCAGAUGGACAACGCUGUGUGGUGACACCAAAGCUGGUUGAAGUGAAAAUUCGCGAUUUUAUCGUGCUGAAGAAAUGUACACCGCACAUACCGGAAGGCACGUCGGCGGAUCUAAGCAAUAUGUUGAGCCAGUGUCUCCAGAGAAAUCCCAAAGACAGACCCGGCGCGGCAGCUCUGCUUAAUGAUCCAUACUUUCAAAGCGAUGCCGAAAUACUUGAUCACGCCUACCGAGAACUAGGUGACCCGUGGUUCUAUCCCUAUUUUUUAAGCAGCAUCUGCAAAGGGCAAACAAUGGAAGAGCUACGAGGCUCACCAUCCCCUGGCUCCCGCUUUGAAAGCAGCAAGGCACAGGAUACUCCUCAGUUGACUGGUCAGACCGAAAGCGGAAUUGUGCCCGGCCGGCCACGGACAGAAAUCCCCUUGCUAACGAUGAUUGGACAAGGCAGCGGUGGAGAAGUGUAUCGCACAUGUGUGGAUCAGCAAGACGUGGCGAUUAAAGUUAUUUCAUCUACGAAGACGGAUAACUUGGAGCAAAUCAGAACGGAAGUAAUGGAAACGUCAUCGAAGCAUAAGUUCGAAUAUGUCCAACUGUACUCGCACGCUGAGAUUGCACAAGCGGUUACAGGAGAACAACAACUUUCUAUCCGAAUGCCGUUCAGUGCUGGUGGGACGCUGCGAGAGUUUAUCCGCAAAUACAAAAACGAAAUCCCAUUACAUUAUCAGUAUGAAUACACGUAUCAGCUGUUACUUGCCGUGGAGAAUCUGCACGUAGAUCGACGAAGAAUUCACGGCGAUAUCAAAUCGGAGAACAUCAUGGUGCAUGACCUUUUCGGCGAAGCCGUCCGUCUUAUCGAUUGUGAAGGCGCGGUGCCUAUUUCCAAAGGUUUCCACUACCAGACGGGAACGCUGCACACCAUGUCGCCGGAAAUGAUUCUAUUUGACCAGGAUGACGAAGGCGUCGGAAAGGUAACCGAGAAGACGGAUAUCUGGAGUGCCGGGUGUGUGCUGCUGGAAAUGGUUCUGGGUGAGUACCCGGUUUAUGAACCGGAAUGCGGAGACUUCCAAAUAACCCAUGAGGACAAAAACUUGGCGAUUUGGUACGAUUACUUCGCUGGUCGGUACGGAACACCGCUGCCACCCAAAAUACCAACCGAUAUCCCGCUUAUACUGUACAGUGUCAUUGACCAGUGUCUGCAAAUUAAUCCGGAUGACCGAGCGGAUAUUCUACAACUGACAGGACUAUUUGAGUCUUACAAAAACGAGGUCACAACCAGUUCGUUAAAAUGCGCUGUAAUGCCAGCCCUUGGACGAAAUCUGCAACUGGGUAUGCUGUACGAUCCAUUUACCGACACGGCAUACCCUUUGGAAGAUGAUCGUAUCAACGUCUUGGAAAAUAGCUUUUAGCUACAACUGCUAAGGACGCUCCAUUGAAACAGAUGCCGGAACAUUGCUCGCCAGGCGCCCCUUAUACCCUCAACAAGCGCCAUCGUCUCACCGGCGUGAGUCGGAUACUUCGCAAAAACUUACUAUCUGGCCGAAUUUCGCCCAACAUAAGCGGUGUAGGCUACUUCCUGUUGCCAGAAAAUAGUGUGCCGUAUGUCGGCACCACCGCCUACGAAUCGUUUCUCUUCCGCUACGACAUAAUGGGACCAGAAGCCACGGCGGACUUGUUGCGCAACCUGACCACCGAGAAUACCAAUCAGGCCACGCACUACAUCAGCCGGAUUGAUUACGGCUACGAUGCACUAUUUGUUCAUCAAUAUGCGUCUGAUAUAUCAAAAGAUUUCCGGUUUACAUCUGCCGCGAUGGAGAUUACGAAUAAAAACCAGAGACUGACGGUGUUCUGCGGCGAUCGACUACGGGAAUGCGAAAGCUUCCGAAAAUUUGUACACGAGAAUAUCGACGACUACGACUGGGCACUACGAGCGCUGGCGGGGGCGGAGCUAGAAGAUCCAAGUGAUCCGUGGCACAGUUACGUUCAACCGGUGCGGUACUAUUUAACCGAAUUGCCGGCGUUUGCUGCGGUGAAGAAGCAGCAUCAGGCGCUCAACGAUUGGACGGAGAAAAUCAUCCGCUGGAUCGAUCGCAUUGAUAUAACCGUUUGCCAGACAAAACUUUUACCCACGGAUUUCAUCGUAACCCUAACGGAGCAUAUUAAUAUGGAUACUGCGGAAUUCCUCCAGCUGCUGAUGGCCUUUCGCCAGCAUUUGAUUCAAAAACUGGAUGUUCUUACCGUACAGAAUUUGGAAAAGUUAGCAACAAUUUUCUACGAUAAAGGCAGCAAAAACUUUGCGGCAAUCAGGAACUGGUUGAGGAAGACUCCACCUGAAAACUACAGUUGGUACAACCCUUCGAAUUUCUUUGGAACAAAGCAUAACAUUAUUCUAGAUUCGACGGUGGUCAGUUGGCCGAAGUCUCGUACGGUUAGGAUUAUUUUACCGUUAAGUGAAAGCUUCCCGCAGUCGGUAUAUUUUCGCACUUUAGAGCCAGCUCGUGAACCACUGCACGAAAAAUGGCAAACCGGUUUCGAUGAAAAUCUUGACCCGGCACAAAACUGCUUCGGCAACGACACCGCAUCGGAUAUGCUCGUUGUACUUGAGGAUGUGGAACAUUUAAUGAGCAUGGAUACGGGAAAUCCGAAAUCCGCAGUGGAUACGGCGUAUUUGUACGGCAAACAUUUCCAUCCGAAAUGCAUGGAAAAUCUGAUAAAAGACGCUAUCGCUGCGGGAAUACCGGUACUGUAUGUCGUACAGGUCACUUCAUCCGAACCGAGAUUUCUUGAACACCCCGAUAGAUUCCGGCGCCGGACAUCGCUAAAGAUGGGCGGGAAAAUGCAUCGUUUGCCGACGUAUUACGUUGACCUGGAUCAGCCAAUGGCCUACGAUUAUCCCGAGCUGUGUGGCGCAAUUGGUUACGAAAUAUAUAAAAGUCUAGCUGUUUAUAAAGGUUGUGAGUGCCCGGACCUGUGCGCUAAAAAUCAGAAUCAAAAAUGAUAUCACGCGUGAUUGAUUAUCUGUAUUUUACGAGUACGAUGAUGUCAAAAUGCGCAAUAAAUACUAACCAAAA